AUGUCCUGCAACACCCAGUGCCGGCCCUGCCAGCCCUGUGGCCCCACCCCGCUGGCCAACAGCUGCAAUGAGUGCUGUGUCAGGCAGUGCCAGGACUCCACCGUGUUCAUCCAGCCUUCGCCCGUGGUGGUGACCCUGCCCGGGCCCAUCCUCAGCUCCUUCCCACAGAACACCGUGGUGGGAUCCUCCACCUCUGCUGCUGUUGGCAACAUCCUCAGUUCUGAGGGAGUGCCCAUCAACUCUGGUGGCUUUGACCUCUCAUCCAUCACCAACCGCUACGGUGGCAGCAGAUGUCGUCCAUGCUAA